AUGAAAGCUGAAAAGCGUGGCCACGGCAUGGCAAAUGACAGCGCUGUGACUCGCCCGCUAAAAGUGCGCUUGGAAAACGGCGCAAGAACGGCAACGGGCGACGCAGACGAGAACCGCUUCGACGCCCAUCUUGACGUUUCCACGAUUCGCACCGCACACUCUCCCAUUGACACAUCGUGCACACGCCGCAGCACCGCACACGUUACAAUGGCCUCGUCAACAUCGUCUGCCCCCCGGUGGGCGGCCCUCGCGCGCGACACCAACGAGACGUCGAUCCAGCUCGCCCUCAACCUCGACGGCGGCGCCUUUCCGCCGGACACGGACGAGCGGGUGCUCAAGCUGGUCGAGGGCAGCGGCGGCGGCGGCGGCCAUGCCGCGCAGACCAGCAAGUCGCAGACCAUCCUGCUGCAGACAGGCAUCGGCUUUCUGGACCACAUGCUGCACGCCCUGUCCAAGCACGCCGGCUGGUCGCUCGUGAUUACCUGCAAGGGUGAUUUGCACAUCGACGACCACCACACGGCCGAGGACGUCUGCAUUGCCCUCGGCUACGCCUUCAACAAGGCCCUGGGCAGCGCCGCCGGCAUCGCCCGCUUCGGCUCGGCCUACGCGCCCCUCGACGAGGCGCUGUCGCGCGCCGUCGUCGACAUCUCCAACCGGCCCUACGCGGUGAUCGAUCUCGGCCUCAAGCGCGAAAAGAUUGGCGACCUCAGCUGCGAGAUGAUCCCGCACUGUCUGCAGAGCUUUGCGCAGGGCGCGCGCAUCACGCUGCACGUGGACUGCCUGCGCGGCUUCAACGACCACCACCGGGCCGAGAGUGCGUUCAAGGCGCUGGCCGUGGCCGUGCGCCUGGCGACGAGCAAGGUGGCCGGCAAGGAGGGCGAGAUUCCGAGCACCAAGGGCACGCUGAGUGCGUAG